AUGACACCAAGAACACCCAGAAAGCAUCGAUCAUAUCCUCACCAACGUCCGAUCAGAUGUACCCACCCCCAGUGCGGCAAGUACGGCCACACCACGAGCCAGUGCUGGGUCGCCCACCCGAAACUCCGACCCUAUGGUGCGACUAAUCGAGGUAGUUGUGGGCUCGGUCGAGGAUGGGACGAUCUUCCCAGUGAACCGAACGACGUUGCAUAUGGUACUCCGAGCUGGGACCACGACUGGUCUGGUGACAGGAGUGCAUCCUCCCCACGCUCCCAGUCCCCCUUAUAUGUCCCAUUCCCGUUCCUCAAAUUGCCCCAGGAACUCCAGGACAAGGUCUACGAGUUCGUUUACGAGGAACGGCACGGUGUGGUGGUCUUUAUGAGUCCGCGUUUGGAAACGUUUGAAGGAGGCCACGACUACGGCGGUCUCGGACUCGUCUGCAAAAAGAUGCGCGCAGAUUCCCGACAGGCGCAAAGACGGUCAUUUAACGGUCGGAUGAGGGUCGUCUGGGACGAGGAGAACUAUGAUCGCGCGUUCUCCAAGAUCUGCGCACCGACCUGGUCGUCGCUGAGAUAUCGGAUCACAGAGCUCGAUAUCAGCGGCCUGUCGGGUCGGACUGUGGAUAGCGGGUUCGACACGGUCCGCAGGAUGAUCCUGAUGUAUUUCCCGUGCCUCAGGCAGAUCAACAUCUGCUACAACGCGUACCGGUACAAGUUCGUGGAGCGAGACAACCCAUACCUCCUGACGCCCGAGUGGCUGAGAGUCAACGAGGAGACAUACCCGAAUGCAUUUGCCGCGGGUGAAAUGGAUAACGAGUUCGCAUACCCCGCCGACGUGUUGGGUGUUUACGAGCUGGUGCGCUUGACGCAGCUGGCUCCGCAGCCCUGUAACAUCUUCCUGACGACCAACGUGAGAUGGCUGAAUGGUCGAGGAUGCCGCGAGUUGUCGCAGCACGUCAAGUUCCUCGUCACGGCGAAUCAGCUGGAAGCUGUCGAGAGAGGUUCUGCUAUUGGUAUAUGA